AUGGAAGAGUUUAUUAAAAUUUGGCCGAAGGAAUAUGGAAAAAAAUUUUAUAUAAAUUUUGAUGGUCGAUUCUACACAGACAAGGCACACAGAUACAAUAUUUUUUAUAACACUGAAUGGAAAGAAUUAAAUUUAGAAAUUCGUGGUAACUGUUUAUUAGCUUGUGAUGCUAGUGAUCAGAGUAUGGGAACAGAAUGUGGGCCUGUUAUGGGAUGGAUUUUAGAACACGUAAAUUUUAAGCUUGGAAUUCCUGCACAUUUUCUCACUCUUCCUUCUGAUUUAGAUUUGAAGUCUUUGGAUGAUUCUUCUAUCAUUUAUAUCCAUGAAAAAGAUGAUCCUGACCAGGCAUUUUUGGCUAUUUUUUGCCAAUCUAAGGAGGAUACUGAUGACCUUUUCGAUAGACUUAGGCAAUGUAGUCUAACAGUCCUAAAAUCAGUAGUUGGAAAGAGUUUUUACAAUUCUCGGCCUGGAUACCUUGCUCUCCAGGAGAAGACUGAGAUAACAACCAACAUUGCUAUAAACAGGUUAGAAUCCCUUAAGUAUGAGCACGAGUUUCUCAAAAAACAUCAAGAGAAUUUGAAACUUGAUAAUACUCUAUUACUAACGCAGUCUAAUUUGAAUAACCAGCUGUACUCUGAAGGAAUGCAACUCCAGCUUCAAGAGAAUUCUCACCUUAAAAAUGAACUUGAACAGGCUCUUAACGAGAUUUUGCAACGAGAUGAGAGUAUCAAGAAUUUGAAGAAUGAUUUAAAAAGUUGUAAGCAGAUAAUGAGUAGUCGGAUCGAGUCGAAUGAGGCAUUGAAGCAGGAGCUCGACUCAACCAAUUCAGCCAUUGAUGAGGCCAACAUGAUUCCUGAAAAGAAACUUCGUGCAUUAUAUACUAAAAAGGCAAAGCAGGCAAAUAUACUAUCACUUAAACUCCUUUCUUCCAAGUAUGACAACUCUAAGUUGGUCGCCAAAUACCACUCGCUCAAGAAUGAGAUGAAAGAUGAGCUCCACAAGAUACAAGAAUUUGUCGAAUCAUAUGAAAUUUACGAUUUAUUGAAACUAUGGAUUUUUUGCAAUGAACUUAAGGUUGAAUACUACGAAAACCUCCCCGAUUUAAACUUUGACGAACGCAAUAGACUUUUAGAAAAGUAUUUUUCAUUUUUUUAUUUUUUUAGGAUUAAUAAAACUCAAUCUCAACUGAAUAUCGCAAUGGUAAUUGCUCGUGCUACCUACAUAACUUAUCGUACUUUAAUUUUUGACGAGGUUCUGAAUUCCUUCUCUGAUGACAAUCCUACUACAUUUCGAACAUUGCAUGAUAUAAUAAACUCUGUAAGUUUUAUAUUUAUUAGAUUUACAAUUGAAAUGAAGUUCUCAUGGAUUUUCCAACCCGAGUCUGUGACUGAAGACUCUUCUGAUCCUGUUUGGAUUAACAAUAUUAAGAUGACCAAACUCGUUGAAAAGACACUGUAUCACAAGGAUAGGCCAAUUUGGUUCGACAGGGUUUCUUUUUCUUCUGCAAUAAGACCUGUUGUUAGUUACGACCAGGACAACAAGGCUGAGCUUGAAAUUAAGAAGCGGCUCUUCUACUGUCUCGAGCAGAACAGCCAGCUAAGGCAGAAGAUUCGCUCCAUGAGCAAGCAGAUGGGAAACGACUCUCACUGGAAAUCAUUGUGGCGUAGGACCAAUGCUCGCAAGAAAUCCUCCAAUUCUAGUUGA